UUUAGAAACAGAAUGAAUAUUAUUUAUUAUUUUUCAAAUGAUCACACAUGCAAUGCAUGAAACAUGUUUACAUCUUAAUAUCAUAAGAUUUUCCGUCAUUUCUUCUAAAAUAGUUAUCCGCAAAACUUAUCAAAACUUGUGCUAGAAUUUAACGCCAAUGUUUUGGACUGAUUCUAAGAUGGUUGCACUUGGGAGACUUGGUGAAAUGAAACUUGUCAACAUUAACGUGGUUAGGAGAAGAUGAGAUCUUUUCUGAGCUGGUCCCAUACACUCAUCUAGAAAAAGCGACGUAAUGGUCAAGUUAAAUAAAUGUAAUUGUAACACACACCAAAAGAGACAUUAAAACAAAACCGCGUCUCCUACUCCAUAUAGCCAUCUUAAAACCAUCUUUUUCCAUGAUUCCAUCUUCCAGCUGUACAAACCAAAACGCGCCUUUGUCUUUUCUUCAGUCUUCACCAAACCCAUCGUCCGAACCGAACCUUCUUCUCUGACUCUGACCGUGUCUUCCCUUACUAUAAAUACACAACAUUUUAACCUCUCUAACAAAUCUUCAGUCAAAACAAAACCCACCAAAAAAAGAAGAAGCUAGAUAUGGCGAUGAUCAACUACUCCACCAUCUUGUCUCCUCUGCUUGCUGCUAUUAUGAUUUACUCUGUUUCCGCCAAUUUUCACCAAGACGUGGAGAUAACUUGGGGAGAUGGACGUGGACAGAUCACUAACAACGGCGAUCUUCUUACACUCUCUCUCGACAAGUCUUCUGGCUCAGGAUUCCAAUCCAAGAAUGAAUAUUUGUUUGGUAAAAUCGACAUGCAGAUCAAACUCGUCGCGGGAAACUCCGCAGGAACAGUCACUGCUUACUAUUUGAAAUCAUCUGGAUCUACAUGGGACGAGAUUGAUUUUGAGUUCUUGGGAAAUCUAAGUGGUGAUCCUUACACACUUCAUACCAAUGUCUUUACUCAAGGCAAAGGAGACAGGGAACAACAGUUCAAACUCUGGUUCGAUCCCACUAUUGAUUUCCACACUUACUCUAUCCUCUGGAACCCACAACGCAUUAUAUUCUCUGUGGAUGGAACUCCGAUAAGGGAAUUUAAGAACAUGGAAUCUCAAGGAACUUUGUUCCCUAAGAACCAACCGAUGAGGAUGUACUCAAGUCUAUGGAACGCCGAAGACUGGGCAACAAGGGGUGGUUUGGUCAAAACCGACUGGUCUAAAGCUCCCUUCACCGCUUCAUACCGUGGCUUCAGUGAAGAAGCUUGUGUCGUGUCAAACGGGAAGUCAUCGUGCUCCAACGGGUCAGGACAAGGGAGUAGUAGUGGUUCGUGGUUGUCCCAGGAGUUAGACUCGACGGGUCAAGAACGGAUGAGAUGGGUGCAGAGUAAUUACAUGAUCUACAAUUACUGUACGGACGCUAAGAGGUUCCCUCAAGGUCUUCCACGAGAGUGUCUAUCUGCGUAGAGCUUUUAAACGAAAGAUCCACAGCCAUAAAAUAAUACUAUUCUUUUGUUCAUCAUAUAAAGUAUCUUGUGUUUUGGUCACAAAUUUUAUAUUCCAUGUAAGUAUGUACUACGUAAUGUAUAUUUAAGUGAGAAAAGGUUAAACUCAAAAA